GUCACGUGAUGUCUGAUAAUUGUGUUUGAUGAUUUUAUCCGCAUGCAGAACGCGCGUCCUUUGACCCUAAUCUCAGUCAGGGUACAUUUACUCGUGUUAUUUUAAUAUUAGUUAUUUUAAUUCUCAUUAUUAUCAGCGCUAAUGGGAGCCGGUGACAGCAGAUCUGUGUCAUACGGUCUGGACGAGGAAGAAAACGUCACUGUUCUGCAGGGAGUUAAGUUAUCAAAUGAUGUUUUUCAACGGAUGAGACAGUCUGGACCGUCUCCAGAGAGACCAGCAUCACCAAAACCAGAGAGUGCCAAAUCUGACCCAGGAUCUGCUAGAUCAUCUCCAGCUGAGAGGCAAGAGGAACUUAGAAGAAGGUUUGAGAGAGAACAGGCUUUGGUCCAGGAUGAGCUGUCUCGCAUCAGUAUAGAGAGAGAGGCUGCAGGUGAAGAUCUGAGAACGAUGAACCGAGAGGAACUGAAGAAUACUCAAGAUCUGCCAGCAGAGUUGUGUUUUCGGGCCCGACAGCUGAGAAAGAAAGAAGAUGAAUUACAACAUCUGGCAAAAUAUUACAAGGAGCAGCUACAACUGAUGGACAAAAAGAAUUCAGAUUUCUACCAGCAGAGUCUACAGAUGUACAGCCAAGACGCAGUUAAAAGAGAGAGCACUGUUAGGUCUUGUAACAUCAGUCCCAUCUGCUCUGAGCUUCAGUCUCAGGUGUUAAACUGCUACAGAGAAAACAAACAUCAAACCCUUCACUGUUCACAGCUGGCCAGACAAUACAUCCACUGCAUCAACUCAUCCAAGAAGAACCUACUGGUGAACGAUGGAUGAAGAUGAUGCUUAAUAAUGAUGAAGAACAUAGCAGGAAGAUAUUGUUCAUCAAUACACAACAUGUGUGUGUGUGUGUUUGCAUGAAUGCAGUGGAUGCAUUUGUGUGUCUGUGCUGGAUUGAUCAGAUGAUCCUGAUUUUACUGUGAGCUAAUAAAUUCUGUAUGAAGUAAA